AUGGCAGCGGGCUAUGCCAACGCAUUCACUGGCCGUGGAACCUUCUACGGAGGCAACGUCCAGGGAGGAAUGUGCUCCUUCGCUUCCUAUACUCUCCCGACUGGCAUCGACGGCACCGCUAUCAGCAAAUUGGACUGGGCGGGAAGCGGAGUCUGUGGUGCUUGCAUCAAAGUCACUGGCCUGAGAGGCUCGACUAUAUCAAUGAUUGUCGACCAAUGUCCAGAAUGCCCACCGCACAGCCUCGACUUGUUCCAAAACUCCUUCGGCAAGAUUGACGAUCCCCAGAAGGGAAUCAUUCAACUGUCGUGGGAAUUCGUCGACUGUCCGCUCAACGGUCUGAUUUACUUCCGCAUGAAGGAGGGUGUGUCGGCGAACUGGUUCAGCGUUCAGGCGGUCAACGCGAGCAAGCGUGUCAAGGACAUCCAAGUCAGCACCGACCACGGCGCUACCUGGCAGAGUGGUCUCACUCGGAUGGAUUACAACUUCUUCCAGAAGUCGGCUGGCUUUGGAGUCGAUGUAGUCGAUCUCAAGGUGAUCAGCAUUGAUGGGAAGGAGAGGAUUGCGAAGAACUGCCAGGUCAUUGGUGGGAAUACCUGCAAUGCUGACGGUAACUUCUGAUCGAUGGAUGGCGAAGGAUGGUUCAGAGG